CGUGCGCAGUGCAGAAGUUAGUCAGCAGAUAAAGAGUUUUAUGCCGGGCUAUUGUACAUUUCUAUAGGAAAAAACCAUGGCUCAUCAGGACGAACUCGCGACGGCUAUUUUAAAGAACAAGUCGAAGCCUAACCGUUUAUUGGUGGAAGAAGCUAUUAAUGAUGACAAUUCAGUUGUAUCUAUGUCUCAGGCAAAAAUGGAAGAGCUGCAGCUCUUUCGUGGAGAUACAGUCCUGAUAAAAGGAAAGAAGAGACGGGAUACUGUAUGUAUUGUGCUGUCGGAUGAUACUAUCUCUGAUGACAAGAUAAGGAUGAAUCGUGUUGUAAGGAGGAAUCUGCGAGUGAGGCUUGGUGAUAUAGUCAGUGUACAAGCAUGUCCUGAUGUCAAAUAUGGCAAACGAAUUCAUGUCCUGCCAUUUGAUGAUACAGUGGAAGGCCUAACUGGGAACCUGUUUGAUGUGUUCUUAAAGCCAUACUUUUUGGAAGCAUACAGACCUAUCAGGAAAGAGGACAUGUUUCUUGUACGUGGUGGAAUGAGAGCUGUUGAAUUCAAGGUCAUAGAGACUGAUCCAAGUCCAUACUGCAUUGUAGCACCAGACACAGUAAUUCAUUGUGAAGGAGAGCCAGUUAAGAGAGAGGAAGAGGAGGAGUCUCUAAAUGAAGUUGGUUAUGAUGACAUUGGAGGCUGUAGGAAACAGUUGGCCCAAAUAAAGGAGAUGGUGGAGUUACCUCUCAGACAUCCCCAGUUGUUUCGGGCCAUUGGUGUGAAGCCUCCCCGUGGUAUUCUUCUCUAUGGUCCUCCAGGAACUGGAAAAACUUUGAUGGCAAGAGCUGUUGCAAAUGAGACAGGAGCAUUUUUCUUCUUGAUCAAUGGUCCUGAGAUAAUGAGUAAACUUGCUGGUGAAUCUGAAAGCAAUCUAAGGAAAGCUUUUGAAGAGGCAGAAAAAAAUUCCCCAGCAAUCAUAUUCAUUGAUGAAAUUGAUGCUAUUGCUCCUAAGAGAGAUAAGACACAUGGAGAAGUAGAGCGGCGAAUUGUGUCCCAACUGUUGACUCUGAUGGAUGGUUUAAAGCAGAGGUCCCAUGUUAUCGUUAUGGCAGCAACUAACAGACCAAACAGCGUUGACCCAGCUCUGCGAAGAUUUGGCCGUUUUGAUAGGGAGGUGGACAUUGGCAUACCAGAUGCUACAGGCCGUUUAGAGAUUUUACGUAUUCAUACAAAGAACAUGAAACUUGGAGAUGAUGUUGAUCUUGAGCAGAUUGCAGCUGAAACUCAUGGUUAUGUUGGUUCAGAUGUGGCCUCUCUCUGUUCAGAAGCUGCUCUUCAACAGAUUCGUGAAAAAAUGGAUUUAAUUGACUUGGAAGAUGAACAAAUUGAUGCAGAGGUACUGGACUCUCUAGCUGUUUCCAUGGAUAAUUUCAGGUAUGCCAUGGGUGUAUCUAACCCAUCAGCUCUCCGUGAGACUGUGGUUGAGGUGCCUACAACUACAUGGGACGAUAUUGGUGGUUUAGACACUGUCAAACGUGAACUACAGGAGCUUGUACAGUACCCAGUGGAACACCCAGAUAAGUUCCUUAAGUUUGGAAUGACACCUUCCAAAGGAGUACUGUUCUACGGUCCACCAGGUUGUGGUAAGACCCUAUUGGCUAAAGCCAUUGCAAAUGAAUGCCAAGCAAACUUCAUUUCAAUCAAAGGUCCAGAGCUUCUUACUAUGUGGUUUGGUGAGUCCGAGGCCAAUGUGCGAGAUGUAUUUGACAAGGCCCGAAGUGCUGCUCCUUGUGUGCUUUUCUUUGAUGAAUUAGAUUCCAUUGCUAAAGCAAGGGGAGGCAAUGUUGGAGAUGGAGGAGGAGCAGCAGAUCGUGUGAUCAACCAGGUACUAACUGAAAUGGAUGGCAUGAAUGUCAAGAAGAAUGUCUUCAUUAUUGGAGCAACCAACAGGCCAGACAUCAUUGAUCCAGCCAUACUGCGGCCAGGUCGUUUGGAUCAGCUGAUUUACAUUCCUCUUCCUGAUGAAGCAUCACGUGUCUCCAUACUCUCAGCAUGUUUGAGGAAAUCUCCAAUUGCAAAGGAUGUAGACUUGAAUUAUAUUGCAAAGGUUACUCAUGGCUUUAGUGGUGCAGAUUUAACAGAGAUCUGUCAAAGGGCAUGCAAGCUAGCUGUCAGGGAGUCAAUAGAGACAGAGAUAAGGUUGGAAAGGGAGCGAGCUGACAACCCAGACUUGGACAUGGAAGUGGAAGAUGAAGAUCCUGUACCAGAGAUCACAAGAAGCCAUGUUGAAGAGGCAAUGAAAUUUGCCCGCAGAUCUGUCAGUGAUAAUGAUAUUCGCAAAUAUGAGAUGUUUGCUCAAACUUUGCAGCAGAGCCGUGGAUUUGGUGGAAACUUUAGAUUCCCAAAUCAGUCAGGAGGUGGAUCUCAGGGGGGUGGACAAGGAGGUGGACAAGGUGGCUCAGGAGGAGCAGAUGAUUCUAACUUAUAUGAUGAUGGAGAUGAUGACCUGUACAGUUAAGACAAUCUGCAAAUUUUCUUUUAUAUUUUUUGGAAAAGUUGCAACUUAAUCAAGGUGUCACCAACUCACUGUAUUGUUACACUUCUGUUUGAUGCAAUGUUAUGUUUAAUGCUGAAAAAGGAAUAUUGUUUCAUGAAAAUGUAGUGCUUAGCUUUAAAUUUUCAAAAUGUGAUGUACUAGACACUAUGAUAUUUAAUUAAAAUUGGUUUUUAGUGUGA